AUGCAUGCGUUCGGGGCCGACCAGUUCGACGAGUCAGACCCGGAGGAGUGCAAGUCCAAGAGCUCCUUCUUCAACUGGUGGUACUUCGGCAUGUGCGACGGGGCCGCCGCCACCGCCACCUUAGGCAUGCAGCUACGUGCAGGGCAACGUCGUCGGCUGGGGGCUCGGGUUCGGCAUCCCCUGCGCCUUCAUGGCGGCCGCCCUCACCGUCUUCCUGAUCGGCUCGCGGGCCUACCGGUGCCGCUUGCGCGGAUAUCGAGGCGGAUUCUUGCAUGGUUUGCUGAUGGCUCAAAUUGUUUGUGUGAAACCAAGGAUGAGGCCGAUUUCAUCGGCGUCGACGACGAAAUCGCCAACGUGUUCACGAUUGUCGGGUUACAAGAGUUCUUCUACGACCAAGUACAUGAUGUAUUGCGAAGCCUCGGGAUCGCGCUCUAUUUGAGUACCUUUGGCGGCGUCGGAGAUUUUGUCAGCGGAUUCCUGGUCUCCGUCAUCGACAAGGCGACGGCAAGGUUCGGAGAGAGCUGGUUCUGCAAUAACCUGAACUGCGGGCAUCUCGAUUACUUCUACUGGCUCCUCGCCGGUCUCUGUGUCAUUGAGUUUGUAAUCUAUCUCUAUUUUGCGUGA